AUCAGAUACUUGGCACAAGAGUCACCACUAAGUCACCUGGUUUCGCCAUGGUACGAGCACUUCUGAUUUUUGUUGCUACGUUUUACUAUGUUCAUUGCGUGACUUUACAUGGCCAGCGAGGCUAUCAGCAGAGUUGCAAUCAGAACGUCGGUGUACCCACCAAUGAACGUUACAUCACAACUGUUGGCUGUCGAUUGACAAUUCAACGGAGAAAGAAUGCACUGGAGUACGAACUAGACCUAACCAUAUCGCUGAAAAUGCCAAUAGAUGGAUGGAAAUUGACUGUAACGCUGGCUCGCGACCGACUGCAGCUAGUAGGUGUAAAAGUGAACGAUCAUGAUAUGCAGCAACGAAGUCUGUCCUACAACGUCGACGGUCCGGUUAUUGCUAUUCAAGCAGGAAGUAUGGCCAGUGGCGGUCUCGAAAUAGCAUUCAAGCUAACCGACUCGCAGAAGACACCGAUAAAAGUGCGUGGCCUAGGCAACAGUUUCUGGCCAGCCCUAGUGCACGCAGAGUGCUUACGCUGCGGUACAGUUGAGGAUCAACCGUCCCAGCUCGCACCCGUGCAAAUGUGUAUUGGCCGAAUGUUUGACACCAUUGCUACAGUGACAGCAGAUGGAGGACACGGCGCGUCUAUUUAUGGUAGCAUUAUUCACAUUCAUCGAAGUCAUCCGUACGCAUAUUUGUCUAGUUCUUGCCUCGUCGAUUUUCAUCGCUCUGUUCGAAUUGGCGAUGUUACUGGAUGUACAAUGGUACGCGACGAUAUCGAAUUCUCCACACGGAAAGUGAUACAAUUAGCACGCACGUCGAAAGACAGCCCUGAAGUGUGCAUCUUGAGAGUGUCGUACGAAAACACUGUUUCGCACUAUCCUCCGAGGGUACUUUGUACGGUGUGCCAAGAUUUUACUUACUCUAACUUGAAAAAGCGAUCGAUUAUUAGUGACAACAGCAAUCAACAAGACAUCGCAACAAGUGGUCACUCGUCGGACUGCGACGAUGAAGACGAUGACUGCCCUUCGGGUUCUGCAGUGCAGCCUGAGUCAGGGACAGGGAGCGGUGAACCAACAACCUACAUGACCAGCACACCGACCCAGACAACGAGUACGUCGACGGCAACGUCAUUUGCAACUACUCAGUCAAUUUCCACACCUCCACAGCAGGUUGACGGCAACACUGCAUCGAGUGGUACAACAGACGAUUACAAAACAGAUGGAAGUUCUGAGUCUAGUAAACCUCAGACCACCAGCAAGAACGAGGUUAACGAAACGGAGAAACCAACUCAUUUUGACCGUGAAAAUGUCUUUAGCAAUGACGACAAAGGUGAUGAUAAUCAAACUGAUACAGAUAGAACGGACGGAGCCAUUUCUAUCGGGAAUAAUUCUAACACCACGACAGCUCCGGGAGGUAAUCCCAACUUGGCAAGAAAACCGGGCGCAAAUGUCAAUAGCAUUACUUCAUCUGGGAUAUGGAUUGGUAUAGGAACAGUCAUUGGACUUUUGCUACUUUGCGUUUUCAUCGCUGUUAUUAUCGUGAUCAGUCGUAGACGUAAAUCAUCUCCCGCAAACGUGCUAUCAAAUAAUUCUGCAAACGUGAAUCAAAGCGAAGACAACGUGAAAGCAGGGCAGGCCGCAACAGGUGUUGGUAAUAUCGCCCUAUCACUGGAUACCGCUUCUGAGAAAGAUGAUGUCCGGUAUGAUGUGCCAACUACUGUCCACUACGAUGAGACAACUGUUGUCCACUACGAUGUGCCAUCUGCCGUUUCUGCUAGCAUUGAUCAGAAUCGUCAGUACGCUAGUGAUGCUGUAGAACCUGGUAGCAACGAUCCGAAUCCGCCUGCUCUUGUAAACAGCAACAUCGAUAAAGCUACUUGUGCGGGUCAACAAGGACAACAAGAUGAAUUGUCGUGUAAACAGGAGCCGCCCACAGAAGCUAAGGCUGACGAUAAUUCGCUAGCAAGUAACACAGCAGAUCAAGGUGAACACAACCACGUAGAUAACUCAGAUCCUGACACAAGUAGCAGCUCUAACAACGCUGAUAGUACGAAAGUCACGGAAGUUUAGCUUUUCGCCUACAGACAAUGUACUGUAUGUGAGAACGGUCUACAAAAUAGUUGCGUAAUUUAUAUAGUGCAGGAGUGUGGCUGAUUCGAUGUUAACUCAGUAAGGUACUCAUAGACAGGAAUGGCAUUCUAAUGAAAACAGAAACUGAAGUCUAUGUAUUGAUUGUCAUAAUGUGAGUCCAAUGAGAUUCUGAACGAAAGAA